GGCAAAUGCACACAGUAAUGAACAAUCUCAGAAGGAUGCCAACAUCGGGGCAGGAUGGGGAGAGGAGGCUGGAGCACCAUCAAACAAUUAGGAAGGUGGCAAUUACUAGUCUAAUGAGACAUCAGGUUGAAUCCUAAAAGCAUCAAGAUUCUUUCACAGCAAGAUGUAACUGCUGCAGUGUUUGUCCUCUGGGGUAUUCGCCUGGACAAAACAUUUCCUUUCCCGCAAGACCAACAGAAUUUUGAUGGGAGAAGAGGCAGCCUGUGUUGCAACUGCCCAGUGCUCUCAGUGCCUGAUCCGUGAUUGUGCAGAAAUGCCCUCAAAACCAGCUUUAUUUGGGGACAAAUAGGCUACUUGGAGCUUCUGAGGACGUGGAGACCCCAAUUUUCCUCACUGGAGAAGAUUGUGGCGAGGAGCACCAGAGGGAGGGAGUGUGCCCUGCUUGGAUACACCAACAGCUUGGCCCCAAGGAAAGCUGGGGACCUCAUCCCACCUUCCACAUGGAGCUGACCCAGAUGUCCCCACCUCCCUCAUCUCCUGCGAUGGACACCGAAGGAGAUGAUUCCUGUGGGAUCAAUGUCACUGAUGUGGCCAUGGACGGUGUCACGCUGUUCAUCUGCCUCUGUGGGCUGGCUGGGAACGGGACUGUCCUCUGGCUCCUCGGGUUCCACAUCCGCAGGAACCUCAUCACCGUCUAUAUCCUCAACCUGGCAGUUGCUGAUUUCACCUUCCUUCUCUUCAUGUUCCCCUACUCCCUUCUCUACCUGCUGGAUGAUGUGUCCUGCUCCACUCUCGUGUCCCUGAAGUACCUGAGGUCCCUUCUCCUGUUGUCCCUGUUCUCCUACAACAUGGGGCUGUACCUGCUGGCAGCCAUCAGCAUUGAGAGGUGUGGCUCGAUUCUCUUUCCCCUCUGGUACCGCUGCCACCGUCCCCAGCGCCUGUCAUGGGUGGUGUGUGCCCUGCUCUGGGCACUCUCCAUCGCUGUCAUGGUCAUGGUGACCUCCCUGUGCCUGUCACACGAGCACGAGCACUGCCAGGUGGCUCUCAUCUCCAUGUACGCCCUCAGCUUCCUCAUCUUUGCUCCACCCAUGGUCAUCUCCAAUGUGAUCCUCUUCAUCAAGGUGCAGUGUGGCUCCAAGAGACGUCAGCCUAAGAGGCUCUAUAUCGUUAUCUUCCUCACUGUGCUGUUCUUCCUCACCUUUGGAGUGCCCCUCAGCCUCUGGAAUUUCCUGCAGCAGCUCAACCACACCGUUGUGUCCUCCCAGGUGGUUUUCCUGCUCGCCUGCAUCAACAGCAGCAUCAACCCCUUCAUCUACUUCUUGGUGGGUAGCUGCUGGAGGCACUGCUCCAUUGUGUCCCUCCAGGUUGCCUUCCAGAGGGUCUUUGAGGAGACAGGGAUCACCAUAAUCUCCAGCUGAGAGGCCACUGUGGUCCCACCAGCCAUGCUGCCCACACCGGCUUCAUGCUCAGCUGCCCAUCCUUGCUCCCAGCCAGGCCUACAGGUCAUCUUCCUGUGAGUCAGGAUGCAUCCAAAAGCUUUUCCCACCCC